AUGGAUGUGGCCUUAGUCGCUGCCUUUGCUAUUCUCACAGUUGCGAUUGGCCGGACAUCUGAGACUUUGUUUCCUGUGGCCUUUAGCUGUUGCACAAAAAUAUCAGAGGAAAUUCCCAAGGGAAUUCUUCAAAGAGUGGAGAGGUUUGACAUCCAGAAAGCUGAUGGCCUGUGCCACUUAGAAGCUGUUAUUCUCUACAUAGAAGGCAGAAAGUUCUGUGUAAGCCCACGGAUUAAAAAAGUUAAGAAAUGGAUGAAGAAGAAGAGAUUAAGUAUUCACCAAAAACGUGGUAGAAGACAAAGAAGAACCAAAAUUGAAAAAGAGAAAAAGAGAGAGAGAGAGAGAAGCGGCAGUGACGCAGGCGCUGUGAUGCAAACCCCCGUGGACUACGGCACUGUGUACAAGGACAGCGGAGUGCACCGGGGAUGGUCACGAUAG